UAGGGGGAAGGAAAUUUUUUUUCCACUGCUGUGCAGGACUCACUUCCCUGCAGUGCAUACUUGAGCGCCUGGACACAGAAGUGCAGUAAAUGAGACCUCCUGUCGACUAGACCAUGCUAUAUUUAUCAAAGACAACACGGGGAAGCUAUGUCCAAGAAACAGGUCCUUGAAGAAUGCGAAUCAAGUCCAAAUCCCAGGCUAUAGAUCUACUACUGUCACCUCUCUGCACAAGAAUGAAAGGAAUAUUGCAAUAUUUUUGAGGCCAGCUGCAAGUUAAUGCAAUAAACGCAGAAAGUUCUCAAUAUACCAAAGCAUUUCAAGCUGCGACGCUCUUCAAACUUGCUUGUUUACUUAGGUCAGUCUUGCAACGUGUGUAGGUUUGCACUUAGCGCGCUGGGGUAGCGCAUCUGCAUUUGCGCUCUGAGUUGGAGAAGCUCUCGCGCAUGGGACCUACCAGAGCGGCUCAAGAGAUGUCGGCGUGGAAUAUGGACAGAAUGACUGAUGUGGAAGCUCUAGAACGGUAAACGAUCCGCGUGCGCAAAAAUGCAGCGAAUUCUUCCGAGGAGACGCACCCGCACAUUGCGCUUGGUCUGGGCGCUCAUGGCCGUGCUCGCGCUGUCCCUCGCCGUGUGCAGUGCCGUAUUUACAGUGUGGACAUUGCGACAAACGCGGGACCUGUCCAGGUCUUUCAAAACUCUGCAAGAGCGCUUAGAGCAGGUGAAUAUGCAGCGUAAGGCCAUCUUCCAGCUCAUCCUGGAAAAACGUGAACUGCUGGAGAGUCAGAGGUUCCGCAGAGAUGUGGGAGGGAGAAAAGGAAGUGGACGCAAAGUGGCCUCUCAUUUUGAGAUAACCAAAGAUUCUGCCAAAAAUGUGGGGAAUGAGGGAGUCAUUAAAGGAUGGACUGAGGAGCAGCUGAAUAUGAGCAGAGCAGUGCAUUACAAUCCAGACACCGGCACCUUCAAAGUGGAGCGCAGCGGCGUCUACUUCCUUUACUGUCAAGUACACUUCAACGAGAACCAGAGUCAGUAUGUGAAGCUUGAGGUGUCCGUUCCUAAAGGCCCCUUGCUCCAGUGCAUGGAGGGGUACGGAACCACACCAGCAUCUGGCUCACACAAGUUUCACUUCCUAAAGCCUUGCCAGGUCUCCGGCCUUCUACGCCUGAACAAGGGUGCUGAGCUUAAGGCCGUCACCGGAGGUUCCUUCAGUCUGCAGGUGUCAGGCAAACACUACUUUGGCCUCUUCAAAGUUAACUAGAGGCAAGGACGGUUUUCCAGACACUUCAACUAUAUUUUUCACAGAUCACUGGUAGAAAUCGGGCCCAAAAGUACCUAAUCUAAAUCCGUGUCUUGGAACCUGGCUCCUGGUGUUGCCUUAACAGAGGAAAUUGUGACUCAACAAGGAAUGUUUCUGUAACCAGCUGUCCAUGGUCAUGGAUGACCCCUUUAUGCACACAAGUGCCCUUUCAUGAAGAUGUCAUCAGGAUGUUAAUGACGGCGUAACUUGCUUUGUUGGAUCAAUUUACGGGGAAUCAUUUGGUACUUUCUGGGUUUGGCUGCAAAUGCCUUAUUAAAAACAAAACCAGCACAAUUUCAACUACACAAAUAUAGCAUUUAAUUACAGCAUACCAGAGACAUGCUCUAGCAGCGUGGUUGGCUUAUAUGCUGGCAUAACCAGUUUGAACAGAAGUACAAUGAAUUUUCGGCAGAGUCGCAGGGCACUACAAGCAUGAGAGGUUUUACCACUGGUGUCUUGGCCGGACCAAAAGAGAAUUGCCCCAGUUCCUGAACUGCCUUACCGCUGGAUGGGCUCUUGCAGAAAACAAAGGUCUUGGUUGUUAAUUAUAAAAACUUUAAGUGACUAAAUAUGCAUCUUCUAUGUUGACUCCAAGAGAAAUGUACUAUUACUGUUGCAUCAAUUGAAAACAACAAGAUUCACACCUCCAGUCUUUUUUUUUUUUAAAUACAUUUAGUCACUGUGACCAAUAUGAAACAUCUAUUAAUAUUUAUCAAGCAAAAGAUAAAGGCAAUGGCUUCCUAAAGUAAAUUAUGUAUCUUGUGUACUGCACUGUUUUACUGAGAGUCGACAAUGCAUAUAUAUGGCAUGAACAUUGACUUGUUGAUAGCGUGUUGAUUAAAGCUUGCUGGUUUAUGUGUACAGUUCGGCACAAGAACCUUUAUAAAAAGCCGUAAUAUGUCUUCUGUUUUUAUACAAUGUGCAAUUUCAUGUUAUAUUUUUCUAAAGGUGAAGUUACAGAUUUUUAUUCCACCGUAAUUACAUUUAAUCUCACUAAUUAGAAAUGUAUGAAACCACUGGUGUUCCAUAUUGACUCCAAUCUGUCAAUGUCUCUUGAAUUGCCACACUUUCAUAAAUAUUGUCAUUACUGUCAGUUAAAUUUGAAGUGGAAAUUACAACCGCCAUUCUCAAUGCACUUUACCCUAACUGGAUUUCCUAAUCACACACCAGCUUCCUCUUUGUAUUUCCUCAACCCUCAUGCAGACCCCUCAUCUUCUGCACAACCCUUGCAUUUGGACUCUCACUUCCUGUAUCUGAAUUUGCAGCAAAUAGUUGAAAACCUUUGAGGAAAAACAUGUGCUUAUCUCCCGCCCCCUCCCCCAGCUCUUUAGCCCCAUUACUUCCCCCUUGUCUACUCUGUGUUUUUUUCCUCUGUUUGGGUUCACUCAUCGCACAAAAUCCACAUUUGGCUAGUGGUCAAGUUUCUGUUUUUAAAACGACAUCCAAGAUAAACCUGACUGGGUCGAGAUGAAGUAUGGCCAGAUUCUGUGAAAGUAAACGUGUGAAUUUGAGAAGACAGAGAUGGUUUCGAUUUGUGUGCGCAAACAUGCACACAAGGUGUUUCAGUGUAUUCGUAGCCAUAUUUUGUUUUUAGAAUACACUUUAAAAACACACAAAAAAAUACAGAUAACUUCACCUGUAAAUCUGGUUAAAGAAAUAUUGAUGAAAAUUGGAAAGGUGUCAAGAAAAUAAUUUUGAGUACAAUUUCAGUGCCAGAAUAACUAUUAAACUGAUAAACUUGUUGUU